UUCAUUUUCAAUAUACCCCCAAGACGCAGUCAGCAUAUCCUACGCCAUCAUACCAACCGUGCCUAUAUUAAUAUCCAGACUUCCUCAUCGCCAAGAUGGCCUCCAUUGAGAAGAUCCCCUUUACUGAAUUCUUCAACACAAUCAACAACGAACUCACAACCACCCCCACAACCCGCCAUGGAAUCAACCCCGCCACCCGCCAACCCAACCCUGAAGUCCCCGUUUCCACCGCCGAGGACCUCAACCGCGCGGUAAAACAUGCCCGCGCUGCCUUCAAAACAUGGUCCAAGCUAUCUGUGGAAGACCGUCGCAGCACGGUGAUCGCUUUCGGCGAAGCCAUUGAAUCCCACGCAGAGGAGUUCACCAAGCUCCUAGUCCAGGAGCAAGGAAAGGCCCAAGGGCAAGCUGCUAUCGAAAUAGGCAUGUGCGGGACAUGGGCCAAGCAGAUCCCGCUGCUAGAGCUCAACGAUGUGGUUCUCCAGGACACGGAGGACCAGCGUGUUAUCCAGCGGUUCACCCCCAUGGGUGUCGUUGCGGGAAUUGUGCCCUGGAACUUCCCUGUUCUUUUGGCGGUGGGGAAGUUGGUUCCGGCUGUGUAUGCGGGGAAUACGAUCAUCAUCAAACCGUCGCCGUUUACCCCGUAUUGUGGGUUGAAGCUGGGGGAACUGGCUGCUAAGAUCUUCCCCCCUGGCGUGGUUCAGGUUCUCAGUGAUGCGGGCGAUCUGGGGCCGUUGAUUACGGCGCACCCUGAUAUCAACAAGAUUAGUUUCACGGGCUCGACGCUCACGGGGAAGAGAAUCAUGGCGGCCUGUGCCAACUCCUUGAAGUCGCUUACCCUGGAGCUGGGUGGUAACGACCCGGCGAUUAUCUGUGAUGAUGUGGAUAUCGAGACUGUCGUUCCUCAGGUCGCCACCCUGAGCUUCCUCGUCUCCGCCCAAGUCUGCAUGAUGAUCAAGCGUCUCUACGUGCACGAGAAAAUCUACGACAAAUUCCUCGAAGCCCUCGUCGCCUUCACCAGGAACCUGAAGGUCGGCGACGGUGCCGAACCAGGCGUCUUCUUCGGCCCCGUGCAGAACGAGAUGCAAUACGAGAAAGUCAAGGACCUCCUCACCUCCAUCCAGACCGAGAACCUGACGCCCGUGCUCGGCGGAACCGUCACCGAGUCCGCCGGCUACUUCAUCACCCCGACUAUCAUCGACAACCCGCCGGAAAACUCCAGAGUUGUGCAAGAGGAGGCCUUCGGGCCGAUCCUUCCAGUCCUCAAGUGGUCGCAGGAGGACGAUGUGAUUGCGCGCGCGAAUGAUGUCGAUACGGGCCUUGGGGCCUCCGUGUGGAGUGCGGAUUUGGAUCGCGCGGAGAAGAUCGCGAGGCAGUUGGAGUCCGGGUCGGUGUGGAUUAAUUCCCAUUUUCAGGUGGCGCCGCAUGUGCCGUUUGGGGCGUGAAGACGAGUGGUAUUGGG